AUGGACAGCCUUUACAUGAAAGGAGAAUUAUUACAACUGCAUACAAAAGACUCAGAAAUUAUUGAGGGAAGAUUUUACAGCAUAACAAAUGAUAAAUCUAAAAUAUCUCUCUAUGAUGUUAAGGAACUUCCUAAUGAUGACAAAAAUGAAUCUGUAUUUCACUAUUAUGACUCUGAGGUGCGUGAAAUUGUAAAGCUUCAAGAAUCUGAUAAAGUAACCUUUUUAAAAAUAUCAGAAAAAGAAUGUGAAGAUAUUUUAAUGACAUCUAAAAAAUACAUUUAUAUAAAUCAAGUUGAUAGCACUUUCCAUGAUGCAUUAGAGAUGCUAAAUCAGUACAGUUAUAUUGGCUUGAGCACAGAUGGAGCUCAUAUGGGACGGAAGUGUAAAAUGCCUUUCUUGGUUCUAUCAACACCUAAACAGAUUUUUAUUUUUGACAUUCAUGUUAUGCAGUAUCAUGCUUUUGAAGGUGGAUUAAAGAAACUUCUUGAAGAUGAAACUAUAAAAAAGAUUGUUCAUGAUUGUAGAAAACUCGCAGAUUGUUUAUAUCACAAACAUAAUAUUAAGAUAAAAUCCAUUUUUGACACACAGGUUGGUGAUCUUAUUAUCACAAAAAAUAAAAUGGGCCAUUUGGUAGGAAAUGUAAAAACAUUAGCACAAUGUCUUAAUACAUAUCUGGGACUGAAAGAAAACAUGGUGGACGAAAAGCUGGAUAUAGUACAGUGUACUGAAAGACCUCUACCAUUAAAUAUAAAAGAGAGUCUCGCUAAGAACAUCGCUUUCUUGCACCGUCUAUCAGAUAUUAUCAAUGAUGAAAUGCAACUACCAUUUUUACGGGGAGUUGAAUUUUUCAUCAACAAUCUGAGGUCAUGUGAUGAUUUCAAAGCUUGGGAGCUGUGUGGAAAAUACAACCAGAUACCAAAGGAUUUUAAGAGUGCAAUAGAGUACUAA